CCAGAGGGGCGGGAUGGCAGCGGCGGCAGCACUGCUCCACCAGCAGCACCAGCAGCACCAGCAGCACCAGCAGCAGCAGCAGCAGAUGCAGCAGCUGCAGCAACAGCAGGCUUCCCCUGGCAGUACUGGUUACCACCAGAAUCAACAGUAUGGCAGCAGCAGCAGCAGCACAGGGUAUCGCAACGAGGUGCUAGGUGGUGGUAGCGUUGAUGAUGAUAGGGGUUACGAUGGUGGUCCUGCUGCUGCUGCUGCUGCUGCAGGUGGUGGUGCUGUUGGCGGUGGUGGCGGUAGAGCAAGAAGAGGGCAGGCAAGGGGCCCAUCCAAGGGCAAGAAGGUGUUGAGUGGCCCGCUGCUGUCCCGGGGCAAGAGGCACGGCAACAGGCGCGCUUGGAUGGGGCGGACAGGGGGGAGCAGAGGGGAUGGAGGGGGAGACAGUGGGGAGGGGCACGCUUGGGGGGAUGGGGAGAGGGGAGCAGGUGAGGGAGAAGGGUCUGGGCAGCAUGUUAGCAGCAUGAACAGUGACAUGCACAUGAACAGUAACACGCACAUGAACAGUGACUUGCACAUGAACAGUAACGCACAGAUGAGCAGUGCUGCUGACAUGCAGAAGAUGAUGUCCAUGAGCCUGCCUGGGUCUCUCCUCCAGGCAUUCAACCCCGGCGGUCAGUCCACCCCCUCCACCCAUCCAUCCACCGUGCGUCGCACCUACACCGACAACUCUAGAGCCUCCUCCCAGCCCUGGCACCACCACCACCAGCACCAGCAGGGGCAGCAGCAGCAGCAGCAGGGGCAUCAGGGGCAGCAACAACAGUUCCUGCAGCAGCAGCCGCACCAACAGCAGCAGCUGCCGCAGCAGCCGCAGCAGCAGCAACUGUUUGUGCACGAACAAACAGAUCUGAGCCCAAGCCAGUCAGGCAGGCUCGGAAACAGCCUCGGCAGGGUCCCGAGGCUGAUUCCCCUGGGCGGGGAAGGCUCGGAGUACGGAGCUUCGGUGAUGGGCGUGCUGGCAGCGCUGCCCAUGCAGGUGAAGGUGGAUGUGGUGUUCAGAGUGGUGCAGUGGGGUGCCAGCCACUUUGACUUACCGUCAUUUGAGGGGUUCGUGGGAACGAAGCCGAAGCGCCUCCCCCUGCUGCUGCUGGUGUCGCUGGCUAUUUAUGAGGAUUUGAUUCUGGAUGUGCACAGCGGGUGGCGUGACUUGCCGCACUGCGCCGCCCUGCUGCAGGUGAUAGAGAGGAGGGAGCGGGCGGCGGCGCCUGUCUGGGACUGGCCGCCCACUCAGCCAUGUGUGGAUGCGCUGAUGGCGCCGCUCAUGCUGCUCCACACCAACCAGAUGCUGCCACGUGUCACCAGUUCCUGUUCUGCUUCCUCCCCCACCUCCUCUUUCCCUUAUUCCUCCUCUUCUUCCUCAUCUAUCACGCUCACACCAGACCAGCAAACAGCAGCAUCACAAUACGUGGCACGGGCGGCAAAGCUCUUUGGCGCUGACGUGGUACCUGCUGAUGUGUCGAUGCCAGAUGGCUGCCAGCUGGCAGGCAUCCGGCAGCAGCUGGAGGAGGCGCGGGCGGUGCUGCAGCCUCAUUGGUGGGAGGAGAACCGGGCGGCAGAGGAGGAGGUGGGGGUGGUGGUGGUGGAUGGGGAGGGGGGAGGGGAGGUGUGAGGAGGGCGGAGUGAGACGGCUGGGCCGGGGUUGUAGGCUUGGAGGGUGGAGGCGGGUGUGGGAGGCGAAUGCCCAACAGUUUCUCAUCCGCCUCGAAAAGAUACUCCUCAUGCGGGUGGGAAGUGAAUGCCCAACAAUUUUUGCUGGCAAUUGAGGCGUUAAAGUAGCAACGGGUGUGCUUGAAUGAUGGCAAGUGAGGGGCCCGCAGCUUGCAGUGGCUGGGGAAGACACUUCGUCAUUCAUUUGGGGGCUACACAUUCUUUCUUUCAAACAAAAUAAAGAACCAACU